AUGCCAGUCCAAGCAAUGCCCCGAGGUCGUUCGCUCAGCCCCGCGUCCCUGUCCCGUAGCCUCUCCAGACUCAGAGAGUUUCGGACUCGGACUCGGAUCAUGCUUUCUCUCGGAGUUUCUCAGAUGGUUUUGGGAAGUCUGAUUUUGGCAGUCAGUUUUGCCGCUCUGGCCCUCACUACCUCACCAAGGGUCAGACAUUCGUGUCCAUUUUGGGCAGGUUUCUCUGUGCUGCUGUCUGGACUGAUAGGAGUGGUGUCAUGGAAGAGGCCUCUCUCUCUGGUGAUCACCUUCUUCAUGCUGCUGUCGGCGGUGUGUGUGAUGCUCAACCUGGCUGGCUCCAUCCUGUCCUGCCAGAACGCUCAGUUGGUCAACUCUUUGGAGGACUGUCAGCUGAUAAAGUUUGACAGUGACGGUGUGUGUGUGUGCUGUGAACUGCAGCACCAGAGCUCCAGCUGCAACAACCUAGGAGAGACGCUCAAACUGAACCCGCUGAGCGACUGCGACACCAUACGCCAACACCUCAAGGAGCUCCUGUUUAGUGUGUGCGCCCUGAAUGUCAUCUCCACCAUCGUCUGUGCCCUGGCCACUGCCAUGUGCUGCAUGCAGAUGGUCUCCACUGAUGUGCUACAGAUCUUCAUGCCACACAGAGCUCGAGCCCUGAGCGCUGACUGCAUGACACCCCGCGGCACCAUCCUGCACCAGACCCUUGACUUUGACGAGUUCAUCCCACCCAUCCCUCCACCACCCUACUACCCCCCGGAGUACACCUGCACCCCGGUGAUGGACGGACAGAGAAGUCUACACCUGGACUUUCCACACUCCCCGUUCAGCACCAUCUAUGGAGUGCCCAUCAACAGCCCUGGGACACUCUACCCCUCUGAGUUGCCCCCGUCAUAUGAGUCUGUGGUGGGGCUGGGGAUGGGGAUGGGGAUGGGGAUGGGGCAGACCCCUGCCAGUCAGGUCACUACCAGCAUUGAUCAGUCCAGCCUCUGUGAGAGAAACGCCACAGCUGGUCUCAGUACUCAGGCCUCGGUGGACAGUGCCUCUCUAAUGGUAUCAGAGGAGGUGGCAGAAAUUCCAGACCACAGUUGCUCCUCAGAGGAUCUCUGUUCCCUGGAGGUGCAGGGCUCUGACUCCUCUCCCUAUAGCACGCUGCACACCGCCCCCACUGAUGGCAGCUGUAUCAGUCUAGAGCUCAGUGCCCGCUUCUCCCACCGCCACCGCGGCCUGGCCCGGCUCGACUACACUGGCUACAGCGAAUCCUCCCACACCCAGGACUCCAUACCCCGCUCUCCAGACUGGUCCAUAGAGAACGUCAACAUACUGGAGCACGAGGAGCCCAAGGGAGGAGCAAAGUUACACGCAAACCUCAGAGAACGAGCCAGUAGGAAGCAGCUGAUUCUUCCUGUCCCUCCUACUCCUCCCUCCCUGCCCUCUGCCUCCCCCUCUGCAGCCGCAGCCACAGCCUCCGUAGAGGUAGCCUCAGCAGCCCAGAGCCUCCCUGCCUGCCACUCCCCGUCCCCCCCUGCCCGGCCCCGUGGCUCCCGGCUGUGCUUCAGUGUGUGGUCCCCAUCCUCCUCUUCCUCCUGCCCGGCUUCGCAGCCCCCUUCUACCUCAGCGCCCGCAGAGCGACCCCGCAUGCUCCGGUCGGGCAGGAGGUAUCGCAAGCUGGCUCGCAUCGUACGCUCCACCAGCGACCCCAUCUCCUGUACCUCCAUAUCUGGAAGUGACAGCUGUGGCUACCCCUCUGCAAGCAACCCUCCUCCUGAAGAUUCUCCUCAGACUUCACCAGAGCAAGAGUCUACAGAGGUGGCAGCUCCUCUCCACGCCACUGCCAAAGUCAGCACCCGGAAUGGUAGGAAGCAGAAGGAGGGGAGGAAAGUGGACAUCCGCCUCAAACCGCGAGCCCUGCACACGGUCUCCAACGAGCGCCCACACUCUCUGGCUGACCUCAAGACGUAUAAAGACACCAAAAUCCUGGUGGCCAAAUUCCUGGAGCACACCAGCUGCAGUCUACCUCCAGAGGUCCAGCAGGUGGUCAACAGCAUCAAGUAUGUCAUCAAGUCUGACGAGAGACACAUGGAGGAAGCUAUAUUCAGUGCCAAUGUCAUAGAUCAGGUGAUGACACAGUCACAACGCAUCAUCGGCAGCCCAAGGAAGCGUGCCCAUGAAGACCUGCACCUCCAAAGCUGUGGGGCCUUGAGUUCCCCUUUCUCAUCCCUGCGCCGUCCACCUACAGCACCAGGGCCUCCCAACCCCCCUGCUCCCCUGGACUCCUCUCCCUCACCCUCUGAACGCACUCAAAGCCUUUUGUGUAGAGAGACCAUCCUUUGACCGCCCUCCCUCCCCACCAAGGACUCAACCCCUAUCUCUAUCUCAUAGUGCCCUGUGAGACUGUGCCAAGACAUUAGCAGAAACAAACUCAGUAAGUCAUGUCUGGACUGGAUUGUCUUCUGUUCUCUCUCAUAUCAAAAACACCAGAAUGUUCUUUUCUCCCUCAGGGGAUUUUUUUAACAGUCUCAACCUUGUAAAACACACUUGUAAGCCAACUAAAUGGAGAUGUCAUGAUGAAAAACUAGUGCUCUACUUUAUCAAAAGGAAAAAAACUACUUUGUAUUAAAACUGUGAACUGGACAGACUUGGGAUGGUACUAGCCCCUGCAGACUUUGUGGAUUCUAACUCUGAUUGGCUGAAUACUGUGUGCCACUGCAGGACGGAGAACUUUACAAAAGUGGAUUAUUUAA